AUGGAACAAAGAACUUUACUCCGACUAUCACAACGCCUCAAACUCCCACCCUCAGUCCGCCAGCUCCCCUCCUUUCUACGCUACGAAUCUACAUCCAAUAAGCCAGCCCACCAAGCCCACCCUGUAGGCGACUACUAUUCCUUACUCCUCUCCUCUUCUUCUCCAGAAAUAUCCUCCGCGCCCCCCACUACUGCUUAUCCCUCAAAUCCGCCUAUAACUGCAUCUUCUCCUACAGAACCCGCCGCAGACCCCGAACCUGCGAUUCUUUUCUCCUCUCGUCUAUCCUCCCCUUUAGAACGACGCUCCGAGAUCUUGCGCAAAAGUCAACGUAUAGCAGGAGUACUCGUCCCGCCGCGCCCAGAAGAACCAGAUAACUGUUGUAUGAGUGGGUGUGUGAAUUGUGUUUGGGAUCGCUAUCGGGAUGAAAUAGAGGAGUGGGCUGCUGCUAAGAAAGAUGCGGAUAGAGCGUUGAAGAAAGAAAAGAGGAGAGAAAGUACGGGGGUUUUGGCACAGGCGGCUACGAGUAUGGAUGAUGACGGUGGUGGGAGUGAGGGAAAUUGGGAUAUAGGAGGGGAGGGGGAUGGCGACAAUUUAUUCGAGGGAGUGCCGGUUGGCAUAAGAGCUUUUAUGGCGCAAGAAAAGAAGUUGAAGGAAAAGCAUCAAAGAGAAGGCACGACGGGGUAA